AUGGAGCCUUUAGAGAUUCAGCAGCCGAUCGCAGCGGCUCCUGCUCCUUCAUUCAUAGUCGCCCAUCAGAAAGUCGAUCUCGAUGUCAAUUUCAGCCAACAGAUUACUGGCAGAACAGAGAUUACCAUUUAUCCCGAAUCAUCAGAUCUUAAAGAAAUCCGACUUCAUGGGCGGAUAUGUGCCAUUAAGAAGGUUCUGGUGAACGAUAUACCGCCACCUUCCGUACGCUACGAUGAUCCCUGUGGACAACUUACCCUUCACUCUAGGAGCACAGUACAUCAGCACCAUCUGUUGUCCCAGAAACUGGAACGCUCUACAGGAUCUGAUCCAGAGCCGGACAUUGUUAUCAGCAUACCAAGAAAGGUGAAGAUUGUACCGACUGAAGUGGCAGAGGUCCAUACGCAGGCUGCGGGCUCGAUCAAAAUUCAAGAGCCUGCGAUCGCAGGUCAGUCUGCGGCCGAGGCUACACAGGCACUGUCAGAUACCACUGUUGCCAAGUUUACGCCACUGACCGUGGUCAUCGAAUUCGAAACUCGGCAUGCUCGAGAAAAUCUCCAGUUCGUUGCCGGUAAGCGAGGCGGUGGGCGAUGGCCGCACGCGUACACUCGGUCAAAGCUUGGUCGUGGGGGUGCUUCGUCGUUAUUUCCAUGCGUGGAUCUCAUCAGCAGUCGAUGCACAUGGGAUAUUUCAAUCAAGUGUCCACGUACGGUAGGCGAUGCUCUCAAUCAAGCCCUGUCGCUAGAUCUUUCACAACUGAAUCUUGAUCCAUCUUCGAAAGACUCUCGUCAGAGUUAUGAGAGCAAGGAGAUGAUCGUUGUCUGCUCAGGUGAACUUACGGAUGAGAUUGUGGACAAAGUCGACGACACUCAAAAGUCGGUUUCUUUCUCCGUGUCGGAGCAGCUGGCUCCCCAGCAGAUCGGCUUUGCUGUCGGACCUUUCGAGAAAGUCAAUCUCGGCGAGCUUCGGGAUGCGCAGGAAGCGGAAGAGCUCGGGCGUAAUGCUGUGGAGAUGCUGGCAUACUGCUUACCUGGUCGCGCCGAGGAGACGAAAAACACGUGUCUACCACUGACAAAAGCCAUGGACUUUGUGGUCCACAAGUACAUAUCCUGUCCCUUCAAAUCAUACUCGAUGUGCUUCGUUGAAGACAUCCCCAUGGAUUUAUCAGUCUUUGCUGGUGUGUCGAUGUGCAGUACGAGGCUGCUCUAUCCGGAAGAGGUCAUAGAUCGAGCUCAGGAGGUAACUUGGCAGUUGGUCUAUGCUAUCGUUUGUCAAUGGAUCGGCAUCAACAUCAUCGCAGAAGAUCCACGGGACAAUUGGAUCAUCAUUGGUGGAGCUUACUUCAUCGCCGGUCUGUUCAUGAGAGAUUUGUGCGGCAACAACGAGUAUCGCUACUAUAUGAAGCAACAAGCUGAUCGAGUGUACGACCUAGACCAUGAACGACCCUCAAUUUACGAGAUGGGAGCUCUGAUGCACGUGGACCCGGCAGAGUACGAAUUUCUGACCAUUAAAGCGCCUGUUGUGCUGUUCAUUCUAGACCGGCGCAUUGCAAAAAUCCAGGGCACAUCCAAAAUGCCAGCGAUUUUGGCCAAGAUCCUUACCAGAGCUCGAACCGGUGAUCUGGUCAACAACGCCCUCUCCACAGACCUAUUUCAGAAGACGGCGGAGCGGUUUGCUCAUAUGAAAAUCGAGGACUUCUUCAGCCAAUGGGUGAAAGGUGCAGGUUGCCCCAGAUUCCAAGCAUUUCAACGGUUCAACAAGAAGAAGUUGGUGGUGGAAAUGCUUAUCAAGCAGGACCAAGGCACCACCACGACAGAUCGAGAACUUGAUGUUGACGCUUUUAUGCGAGAUGCUCGCGAGGAUUUCCAGACUGUCUAUGCAGCUCCACCACAACCAGUCUUCACUGGUCCGAUGACUAUUAGAAUUCACGAGGCUGAUGGUACGCCUUAUGAACACAUCGUUGAGAUUAAGGAUGCUAGCACCAACUUCGAUAUCCCCUAUAACACCAAAUACAAGCGUCUCAAGAGGAGCAAGAAGCAGCGAGCCCGAGCCAGCGCCAAGGCAGCUACUGAAGGUGGAGAUGAGGAGAACGAAGCCCUGGUGUACUGCCUAGGUGAUGUUCUGCAGGGAGAAGAAGAUGUCGCCGACUGGAGAAUCACCGAAUGGAGCGCAGAGGAUGAAGAGCGAAUGAAUUCAGAGUCUUACGAAUGGAUUCGUCUGGACGCUGACUUUGAAUGGAUCUGCCGAAUCAACCUUCAAAUGCCAGGCUACAUGUUUGCGUCACAACUUCAGCAGGACAGGGACGUCGUUGCUCAACUUGAAGCGGUGCGUCACAUUUCGAAUUAUCCACCGUCGCCGCUGGUCUCGUCCAUAUUCACGAGAACAUUGAUGGACCGUCGCUACUUCCAUGGCGUACGAUCACUGGCCGCCCAAGGUCUAGUAAAACACGCGAAGGAAGAAGGUGAGGCAAGAAACAUUGGGCUGUUCCACCUCAAGAAGGCCUACGAAGAGUUGUACUGCAUAACGGAUCAAGGCCUGGCCAUGACCAGACCAAAUGACUUUUCUGAUCAGCUGGCAUACUUGCUACAAUGCGAGAUCAUCGAAGGCAUUUCCAGAGUGCGAGACAGCCGCGGACAUACGCCUAAAGAAGUCAAGGAGUUCCUGCUGGACAAGCUGAAGUUCAACGACAACUCGGCAAAUGACUAUUCGGAUGCGCAUUACGUGGCUCACCUGAUGAGAGCGCUCACGACCGCGGUGAUGGCCCGGCCUCAUCACCGGAUCGGUGUGGAUGACAUGGACGUCGAUGUCGAGGAUGAGAUGCUCGAGAUGAGACGACUUGAAGAACAGUUUCUCGAGGAGAUUGACCGCUACCGCCGAAUGGACGAAUGGACCAGUUCUUACCAAAACCUGUACUCACGGACGGCAUUGGAGUGCCAGGCCAUGCUUGCAGCAGCUGGUGUCGGUCGGUUCUCACCCUUGCACUUUUUGCAAUAUACCAGACCAGGGAACUAUGAUAUGCUUCGGCAAGCAGCAUACACAGUCCUGAUCACGCCGGGCAAUCUCGACGAGCCUGCAAUCCUCCGCUACGUGAUGUACUGCAUGGUGGCAGACGCUUCACCAUGGUUACGACAAAGUCUACAGCGGGCUUUCGGCAAGGUAUUGGCCAAGCGUGCGAUCGGAGACAAGACUGUGUCGGCACAACCGGCUACGGAUGGGCUUGUCAUCGAAGAUACAGGCGUAGCGGACGCCCGCCAAGCCGACCUGGCGAGACGACACACUAUGGAGGGCGCCAUUUCUGCGCUCAAAAAGGAACUAGGUGGCCAUGAGGUACUGAAAUCGGCAUUAUGGAAUGUCAUCUGCUAUGAUCAAAUCACCCUGGAAGACCUGCAGACCAUGCUGGAAUUCUGCCGUAUGUUAUACGACCCUGUGGAUUCAAUGAAGGUGUCUCUAAAGCUGCCGCGGUAUUGGCGGGUCGAGAAUCUUGGGAAGGGCAAACUGAAGUUCGCACAAACCCAGAGGGUCAGAUCAAAAGUUGUGCCGAAAUGGCAACCUCCUAUACCCGCCGCGCGAGCAGAGCCACAAACAGCGCGCCCGAGCAUUGGUGGUGGUGGUGGAGGGCUGAAGCUCACAUUCAAGAUGGGCUCAAGCCAGCCGUCCAAGCCUACACCCACACCUCCUCCUCCUGCACCGCCUGUGCAGACUCCUACCGCUGGACCAGGCCGUGUCGUCCUCAAAUUCAAGCCAGCUUCGAAAGGAUAA